AUGCCUAAACACAGGCUACUAAAACUUAUAAUGGGAGCUGUAUGUCAAAAAUCUUCUCCGCCCGGGACUGUUGGGAAGCCGGACCCAGGCGUGAACGGGAUUGAAGAAGAGCAGGAGAUUCGCUUUCGAACAGAUACAGAAGAAGGCUACGUUCGGCUUUCUACAAACUCUUCGCUGACAAGCGAUCUGCGGGCCUCCUCUUCCCGCAUCUUGAGCGAACCGCUGCCCGACCCAAGCAAAAACAGCGCCAAUCAUCACCGCACUCGCGCCUUCUCUUGCACCACUAACAAGGCUGCCCCAUCAACACCGCUCAAGUCACCUAUCCGCUCUAAAUCUACAUUCGUCGACCAAACCAACAAAACAAACAACAACAACUCGGAAGACGAAAACGACGACGUUUUCCUCGAGCACGGCUCCAACGUCUUUCGUCUCCCAAAACCUUCGCCAGACGAAAAAGAGCCUGCCAAAAGAGCCAAAAGCGCGGACGAUGGAUACUCUCGCAUUCAGCGCAAUCCCGCUAUUCCCUCCCGCUCUACAUCAAUACUGAAGGAUCCAAAUUACGACAAAGUAGCUGUUGUCUCGUAG